UCACGUGGUACUUGUCUUUCUCUGACUGGCUUAUUAUUUCACUCGGCGUAAUGCUCUCCAGGCCCCUCGUGCUGUCGCAAAGGGUGAGACUUCCUUCCCUUUGCAGCUGAGUGCUGCUUCACGGUGUGAAUGUCCCACAGCGUUUUCAUCUGCGGACAGGCACUGGGGCUGCUCCCGGAUCCUGGCUGCUCCCGGGUCCUGGCUGCUCUGAUUGCUCUGCAGCCACUGGAGGUGGCGGUGGUCCCCGGGACAAACCUGAGAAGCCAAGACCUCAGAGAGGAACCCUGCGGCUUGGGAAGUGACCCAGGACCUCUGUGGUGUCCCCCGAGCUUCCCCAGACGGAGGCCACGGACAUCACGAGGCCUUUUCAGGAGGAGGGACACGCCACAGGCGUGUGACUCAGUGAGAGGCAUUUGCUUCGCGUUGGGAUCUGACUUCAUAUCCUGGACCCCGAGCUCCCCCUCCAGGGAUGUAAUUACUGUGCUUACAUCUCAGACGGGCUUCAUUGGUGUUUGCAAAGCAGAGGACCAGCUAGAAAACCGUGACCACAAAAACCGCCUGGAGACCAGAACAGCUCGUAAAAUCUCCACAUUCCUGGCCUGGCUACAGACUCAAAGGGUGACUCAGAGCCACACCAACCCCCACAGCGCGGGGACACGGUGCAGAGCGAGCCCUAAGGUGCUCCGAGGGGAAGGGUCACCGUGUGGAAAGACGCUGUCUCGAGGCAUUUCUACACGAACUGCAGCAAGCGAAUGGCAAAUCAAGAGUCAGCAGAGAUGCAACAGCAUGGAUGGAACUGGAGAGCAUUAUGCUAAGUGAAAUAAGCCAGGCAGUGAA